GUCGUUAGGUCUCGUUCGUUCGUUCAAGUGCCGGCCAUCCACAUGCACACUCAUGCGUCAUCCACUCCACAAUGCAGCGAGCAAGCCAGCCGUUCAAUCCACACACACGCACACACACACAUACACACACACACACAGAGCCACUCAGAUGUCCUUCAGGCUCCAUUCCAACACACACACGCACCAGAGGGAGGGUCGCAAAAAUCGUGUGUCGAGGCGCGCUACUGUCUCUCUGUCUGUCUGUCUGUCUGUCUGUCUGUGAGAGAGAGGGACAGAGAGAGACAGAGAGUCGGGAAAGGAAGACAACAAAAAACGGCAGCAGUCCAUCACACAAACAGAAUCCCACAAAUCCUCCAUCCAUCCAGCAAUUCCAGGCAUUGCUUACUCUCACAGCCAUUCCCCCGCCCAGCCAGCCAUGUCGUAUGGAUGGAUAGAUGGAUGUGCGGUCGUUGGCUACUUCGAUUGUGUCACGGCGUCGUUGUGUUGGUGUGUUAGUGUAGCUAUGUGCGUGGUGGGUUAGUCACUUAGUUGCGUCGGGCGCGCUUGGCGCAGUGGCCGUCGGGCGGCUUGGCGGGGCCGGGGCCGGCCGGGCCGGGCGCCUUCUUGGCGGGUGCCUUGGCCUUCUUGAUGGACUCGUGGGGGAUGCCGAACAGCAGCACGUGGUCGUUGUUCCUGCACACACACAUCACAAAGCCGCCGACACUCAUGGGGGGGCCGCCGACCCACAUGAGACAUCUCAUGCGUGUGUGCACUGUGUUGUGUUGUGUUGUGUUGUGUUGUGUUGUGUUGUGCACUUGGUGAAGCCCAUGCCCAUGUGCGUCCAGCCGUCCGACAUCUGGAGACCGAUGCGAAAACGCCACUCCUGCACACACAUACAUGCAAGCGACACAUCAUAACGCCACCAUUGCAGAUGAACAUAACAUAAAACAGCUAGCCCCAGUGCAUCUCCCCCGUGGACGUGGUGCAUGGCCAUGCAGGCCCUACAUACCGCCUUCCUACGUACCGCCUCGGUGAGGAUGACAGGACCGCCAUUGCUGCUGGUAUCGAUGCCACUGGCAGCCUUCUCACGCAGAAUCUCCUUCAACACCUUGUAGCCCUACGCAUGCACACAGCACAGCCCUCAUGAUGCAAUCAAUGCAUGGUCGGAAGAGAUGGAUUAGUUUGUGAGUGCUCACGGGUUUGUGGAGCUCCACAAGACGCCACUCGCCCCAAUCGUCAGCCAUGCGCUCGCCAUACGAGGCGACAAGAGCACCCACCUGCCGCACUUUCUCGUUGGGCAUGACGCAGCCGCUCCG